AUGAGUGACAGCGGCGAUAAUCGGUUGCCACGCCGAGAUGUACAGCUAGAGAGUGCAGAGACGCUUUAUGAAGUAGUAUCUGUUUGUGAGCGGUUGCUAGAAAGCGAACGUCAGUUGGAAAAGAAGGAGAAGGCGUUGGAAGCUGAGCUGGAACAAAUUCGUAUAGAAAAACAGAAUCUGAUGACACGUAGAAAGGACGCGGAGACUAGACGAGCGUUGAUUGAAGUUGUGCAAGAUCUUUUUACCAUAAAAUGUGUCGACAAAGAAAACUUGGAGAUAGUUGUUGAUAAUCUUCAAGAUGUAAACAAUUUGCAGUUAGUAAUGAGGUACAUUGGAAAACGUCAGUUGAGUUUGUGUAAGACUCUUCGGAGGUACCUAGUGAAGAAAACACAUGCUACCGGAUCUGUAAUUGUGUCAUCAGCUGUAAAGACUGAAAGCAUUGGAUUCAUGUCUCAGGAAAUGCUGAAAGAGUAUCUUCUAAUGAUUACAGAGCUACAGAGACUGGUGGAUGUGAAAAAUAUGAUUCAAGGCAGAUUAGAGUCAUCGCAUUGUCAGUCAGUAAAACAAAACGUUGCAAUUCCGGUUUUAGAAGUUUUGACAAAUGAUGUAGUGAAGGAGGAACCAGCAAGAGAUGCAAUGAUUCUUGGUCAUGAUCCACUCCUGGAACAGCAGAUGUAUGAGUUAGCAGGAAAAGUAUCAACCGACUGGCAUGAACUUGCCACGUGUCUUGGUGUGAGUGAUGAAUUGGUCGUGUCUGUCCGAAGGGACAUUCACACAACAAGAGAGCAAGCGUGGGUAAUGCUCACACAUUACGCAUCAACAGUGAAAAAGGAAAACAUAAAUGACACAGUGUGCAGUGUUCUUGCUGAAAUUAGAUCCAAGAACAUCAGAAAGAAAAGAGCUUCUGUCUUGCCUCCAAGCUUUUACGAUGAGCCUCGAUUUCUUGGUCGAGGAAAAGAGCUGGAGAUACUUCAGACUUGUUUUUGGGACAGGAAGUCCAGACCAAGUCGAACUUGUGUUGUGAAAUCGUUUGUUCUGCAGGUUAUAUCCGGAGCUGCUGGUGUGGGCAAGACAGCAUUGGCUGUGAAAUAUGCUCGUAAGUUUCAAGAUGCUUACUGUGAUGGUAUAUUUUAUCUCAGUGCUGAUUCUUGGCCAUCUCUUCAUGUGUCUUUGAGACAGUUGCCCAUGAUGUCUAAAGAUUCUCUCAAUGGAAGUUUGCAUGAAGACAAUUACCGUUUCCUUAAUUACAUAACGCAACAUUCUCAAGUUCUUAUUAUUUACGAUUCAGUGUGUGACUUUGAUCUUCUUCAACAAAUUAUUCCAAUCCGAACAAGCAAUGUUCACAUUUUAGUGACAACACAAGUUACUUCUUCUCGUGCGAUAGUUAAUGCUGCUAAGUCUGUUAUUCAGUUGGAGCCACUGCCACUGGAGCAUGCAGUUUCUGCUCUUUGGACGUGGGCAUUACCCUUUUUGAAAUCUCAAAGUGAUCUGGACAAUCAGGGUAUUAGAGAUGUUGUCAGUUGUUUACCAGUGUCUUGUAUGCCACUGAACAUUGUGCACACUGGAACAUUUAUGAGAAAUUCUGAAGUCUCAUGUAGGGUGUUGAGUGAAAUGUUGCAAAGCAGAGUGGAGGAGUUUAAGUCACUUUUGGUAAACAUGGAGACACUGCUUGAUGGUUUUCACCUUGCUCAUGUGACAGAACAAGUGAAGAGAUACGUUUCAUCUCCUAGUCAGUUGCAGCUUGCACAGUUUGAAGACAUUAACUCGCUGGAUAUUGCUCCUCAUGAUAAACUGUUGUUACAUGUAGUGAGGCAUCGACUGUCAGACACAAGUUUGUCUCAUAUUGUCUUUCAAUUGGCAAUCGAUAAUUUGGCUGAGUCAGAACCCGAUGCUUUUGAGCUGUUGGAGUAUGCAUGUCUGAUGGGAUCAGAAAAUGUACCUGGUAACAUACUAGAACAAGUUGUGUUUAGUGAGGAGGAGUAUCAAAGCCUUCGUUUCAGUAAGGCUAUAGUGGCCUUGUCUUCAUCAUCCAUUGUGAAAGUGUACGAGUGGAACAGAAAAUUUUACGUGUCUUUUCAUCCAAUGAUUCAGUCAGUUUUAAUUGACGGACUCAUACUUGCUGGAAAGGCAAAACUGUAUAGUAAACUGACCAAUUUAUGUGAGCAUUUGAUGACAUACUGUUCAGUUUCAUCAACGAAAACUGUUGAUACUAAUCAGUUAACGGGUCUUGUUGUUCAUCUCUAUUGUGUAGCUGGUCACAUUCUAUCUAACCAGUGUUAUACUCGUUCCUGCCAGCAGAUUGUAACAACUGCUUGCAGAAUGGCUCUAGAAAUGGGUCAUGGCGCAAUUGCAUUGGAUUUAUGCAAUGGAAUGCUGAAACUAGUUGAAUCUUCAUGCAGAGAGCCUCACUUGAAAAAUAGUCAUUUAUGGACAGCAUUGGUGUUGCUGGGGAGGUCGUGUCAGCUUAAUGAGGACUUUUCCAGUGCUCAAGCUUACUAUGAAAGAGCUCUUCAAUGGAUUGAAGACACAGGGGAGGAGACACAUGAAGAACUUGGUGGAUCUGCCAAAGUUGUAUUAGCAGAUGAAUACCAGUUUGUUCUAGAUGAACUGGCUCGAUGUUACGGUGCAGUACAAAUCUAUGCUGAUCCUGAUGGCAAAUCUGUGGGGUGUAAACGUGCUAGACCAGAUGAUGAUUAUGCAACUGCAGAAGCUCUACACAACAUGGGACACAAGUAUCGACAGAUGGGACAACUCCGGGAAUCUGUUGAGGCAUAUGAACAGUCACUCGCUCUUCGUGGUUCUCAUUUGGAAGAGGGAGACAUUAAUGUUGCUCAAACUAUGAUCAACUUGGCUCUUAGCCUGUAUGAAACAGGUGAAGUCAGUCGUGCAAAAAGUUUACUAGAGCGUGCAAUACCAACGCUGAAACGCUUCCUACCUGCCAAGCAUCCUUUGAUUUUGAAUGCUCUUAAAAUACAAGCUACUUGCUGUUUGGGUAGUGGUGACAUUCUGCAAGGAAAGAAGUUGUCGGAAGAGACACUAAGUAUGGUUAUGUCGUCUUACCCAAGUGAUCAUCCUCGUCUUGCGUUUGCUUUGAUGGAUAGUGCUGAAGCAAACAGAAAAGCCGGUGGCAACAUUGAUGUGACCAUAUCAUUCACCAAACAAGCAAUUGAAAUAUACAAACUGCACGCUGCAUCGUAUGGAUAUGAGCUGGCAAUUGCAUUUCACAACAUGGGUUUUUAUCAGUACACGAAAGAGUUGUAUGUGGAGGCUUCUUUCUCUCUGGAAGAGUCGUUGAAAGUGCGACAAUCUAUUGGAAAACUUGAUGCAGGCUCUGCUCAAACUAUGGUCAGGCUUGGUGAUUGUUAUGUCCAGUGUGGCAACAUGGAUACAGCUGUUGCAAGAUAUAAGGAAAGUUUGGAAGUGAUGAAGAGAAGCGAAGUGUGUGACAAGGAAAUUAUAUGUGAUGUUGUGAUAGCGAUUGGUAAAUGUUUGUUGUUGACACGACGCUUUGAAGAUGCUGCAAAGUAUUAUGCAGAAGCAAAUGAAAUGUUGUCGGUUAGUGCACCACAGUCUGACGCAGCUGCAACUGUGUCUUUGCUUAUGGGUGGUUGUUAUUGCAAUAUGGGUCAAUUGGACAAGGCAGAGGAUUCAUUUACGAAGGCAAUCAGUAUUGCUCGUCAAUGUUUGCCUUCCAAUCACCCUUUCAUAACAGAAGCCGAGUCUGAGCUCCAUUCUUUAUGGCAAAUGAAGUAUGGGGGCUAUGUUGACACUACUUACUAAUCAUUAUAAUGAAGUAAUUUUGUUUGUUGUUAUUGAGGUAUGUGUGGUACUAUAUGUAUGAUUUAGUAUUCAGGGUUUAGGCCUGAAAAAUUACAAUGUUAUUAGUGAUUUCUCUACAACGUUUCAAGUUUGUAAUCACAGUAAUGUGAUGUUGUUAUUGUGCAGAACAUGAGAUUGACGAGU